ACCUCAGGAAGAGGCAACUCCUGGGGCUCUGUCCUGGAAGGUCAGGUUGGAACUCGGCAAGAAGAGCCACAGGACUCAGAGCCCGUAGAGUUCUCAGCAAAGAGCCCAAGAGGCCUCAGCUGGCAUGGACAUAGCCGCUUAGUGGAUCACAGGGCUUGGGGAGAAGGGACGGAGCUCGCUGGACCAGAUGGGUGGUAUGCAGUGCCAGCACUCGAUUCCCACAGUGCCAGUCUGCAGGGCCUGGCCUGGCUGGCCUGAAGCUGCGCGUAUGCACACAUGAGGUCAUGCACACACACACAGUGAGCUCCAGGCCUGCCCAGGUGCAGCCAGAUCCAGGAAUCCUUGGCAGAGGGUGUGGCCUGAGCAGUGCCAGAUUCCUGGUCCUGUGCACAGGCACUGCUGAGCAGCCUCCCAGUGAAAUGCAUGGGCACACAUCAGUCACCUAGUAACCCAAGGGGCCACAGCAGGCACUCCUGCCCCCUGAGGUCCAGUAGCUAUGGCUGUCAGCCCUGUGGAAAGGUCCGCUGCUCCUGCGUGCCUUUCCAGGGUCCUUGGUACUGCAUAACCCACCAAGGGCUGAGCAGCUUUGGGUAGCCAUGGUCAAGGGUAGUACAGGACAUACAGCAGGAUGUGGGGCGCACAGGGGCCUCUGCUCAGGUCCCAGGCUGGCAGGAGGUAGCUCUAGGCACACACACCCGGGGCAUGGGUGACAGGAAAGCUCUCCAGAGAUGAUUCUGAUCCUGCAUGGGGCAGUGACAGGAAGGGUGCUGAGGGCAUCUCGGCCAUGUCCCCAUGUCCAGGGUGAUCUUAGCCUGGUGGACCCUGUGCUGUCUCUGUAGCCCCAAAAGGGCAUCCUGUCUUGGGUAAACACAGAUGCUGGCCCCAGGCCCAGACCCAAUGUGGUUCCCGAAUCCCUUUGACUAAAGCCUGGUCUUACCCUCUGGCGGAGAGGGUGGAGUGAACCGCUUUAGCUCCACAGGACCCUGCUGACCACUCCAGGGCCCGCAGGAAGUGUCCACACUCAAACUGGCCUCUGCAGUUUGUCCCAAGGCACUGGCAUGCCCAGUAGACUCCUCAAGGCCAGCACUGGCCCUGCCCUUUCAGGAUCUUUUCUUAAGACUACAGUGCCGAGGAUCCUCCUGGUAGCCCUUGACACACUAUUGCAGCGGUGUCAUCAGUCCUGGCCAGAACUCCUACGGUGACCCAUUGUCACAAAGGGCCCGUGUUGCCUCCGACCCUAGCACCAGCCUGUGUCUGUGAACUGUGGCCGCACACACAUCCCCGGUGACUGCUGAGCUGGUGUCCAUCGGGAGGGGCAGCCCAAGCGGCAGGACUGUGCUCUCCUCCCUCAGAGUGCACCACGGAUCAGCUGCUAGGCCCACCGGAGGUACCAGGAUGCCAGGAGCCACACAGCCCUUUCAGGUGUCUCCCAGCAAGUGCAGUACCCCAGACCCUGGGAGUCCAGCUCAGGGGAGAGCAUCUCACGUACCCCAGCAGUUGCCCAGAACAGGCAGAAUGGGGCUCUGUCCCCAAGGCCACACAGUAGGGUGGUCUGAGGGGCAGGGAUGGUGGUUCUACUGCUUGAGCCCUGCUGGGUUCCUCAAUGAGGCUGGGGCCAAGGCAGGGCCAGUGUGAGGUGGGUGGGGCCUUAUUUGGUGCUUGGGGCUGCAUGGGGAUGAUCUGGGUCCAGUGGGGUACAGCCAGGUGGAGGCUAGAUGGAGCCUGUGGAGGGUCGGGAACUGUGCUGGCUGGGUUGGAACAGUUGCCACCUCACUGUCCCAGGUAAGGAGUGUGGAAUGGGCCAAAGCCGGGGGACAGCAGAUUUGGGGUCCUAGAAGUCAAGGCUGUGAGGUAGGUGAGAUCCAGGUGCUGCUGCAGGCUGCUCAUGCUGCAUAGACUGCAGCUCCGUGCCUGGGGCUGCAUAGAAGGCCUUUGUCUCCCAGCAGCACUUCCUGUAGGCUCCUCUUAGGGACAGACCCUCUGGAUGUGAGGAAUAAAGGUUCUUGGCCCAGCUGUCUCCUGUAGGACUUACAGCCUAGUGUAGUGGGGUCCCCCCUGCUGGGACCACUGUGUGCCAUUCUUAGCCCUGCCAAGUACAGCAGGGGAGGAGCCAAGGAAUGGGCGGGGCAGGGACGGAAGGAGAGGGGCCUCAUGAGCCUUGGCUCCCUUGGCCACAGCUCUAGAGUGGGCCAAAGGGCCCCAUUGGCGAGCGGCACUGUCCUUGGAGGCACUGUCCUUGGAGCGGGAGGUUGGCGACUCAUCUGCGGGCUUGCCAGGCUGCCUGUGCCUGGGGCUCCUGGCCUUGGCUCAUUGCUGGACCAGCACAGGGGAGUUGACCUGAACUCCUGGCCGCACAACAUGAAACUCCAGGGCCACCCCGACCUCUGCCUCUGGCUGUGGCUGGGUGCUGUCUUGGCACAUGGGCAGGGACAAGGAGGUGGCCGGCUGAGGCUGGCAGUGCUGCCUGAGGACCGGCUGCAGAUGAAGUGGCGGGAGCCUCGGGGUGGUGGCCUGGGCUACCUGGUGCAGGUGACGCCCACGGCAGGAGACUCAGAGCAGGAAGUGAUGUUGACCACCAAGACCACCAAGGCCACAGUCGGGGGCCUGAACCCCUCCAAAGGCUACACCUUGCAGAUAUUUGAGCUCACCAGCUCCGAGCCCAUCCUGCUGGCGCGGAGGGAUUUCAUGAUUGAGGAUCUGAAGAGCAGGAGCGGCCAGAGGCCCCUGGGGGCAGCCCUGAAGCCCACCCUGUACCAUAUGGGGGCCCCGAACCCCAGGCAGACACCUGAGCCUAGAGGCACCUUUGUCCCAAGCCAAGAGCCUCCCAUCCUUGUUGGCACCCAGUUCCGCUGCACACCUCCUGUGCCUGCCGACAUGGUCUUCCUAGUGGACGGAUCCUGGAGCAUCGGCCACAGCCACUUCCAGCUAGUCAAAGACUUUCUGGCCAGCGUCAUCUCACCCUUUGAAAUUGGGCCAGGUCAGGUCCAAGUAGGCCUGACUCAGUACAGCGGAGACCCCCAGACCGAGUGGGACCUGAACUCCUUCCACACCAGGGCGGAGGUGCUGGCUGCUGUGCGCAGCCUUCAAUACAAGGGAGGAAACACAUUCACAGGCCUGGCCCUGCACCACGUGAUGGGGCAGAACCUGAAGCCUGCAUCGGGGCUCCGUCUGAAGGCAGCCCACCUGCUGAUCCUGGUGACGGAUGGCAAGUCCCAGGAUGACGUGCUCACGGCCGCACGUGUCCUCAAAGGCCUGGACAUCGAGGUCUUCACCGUGGGUGUGAAGAAUGCCGACGAGGCUGAGCUGAAGCUCCUGGCAUCCCAGCCGCAGGACAUCACCGUCCACAACGUGCUGGACUUCCCUCAGCUGGCCACGCUCGCUGGCCUACUCAGCCGCCUCAUCUGCCAGAAGAUCCAAGGCUGGAGCCUGAGCAGGGCCGCCGGUGAGGGAGCAGGGAUGCUGCCAGGCCUGCCCAGCACUUGGGACAGAGGGACACGGAAGCUGGGGCUCCUGCGUGGCACGCUUCGAGGGUCUGCCUGGCCUCCACGGGUCUGCAAGCUGAGCUGGGGCCCAGACCACCACUUUCCACCCGCAACCACCCUGGCCCCAGCUGCUCCAGCCCUGGAUGCCCUCCCCAUGUGCACCAGCCUGGUGCUGGGCCAGGUCACCCCCUCCAGCAUCCGUGUGUCCUGGACCCCGGCUCCUCAGCCACCCCUCGAGUAUCUCAUUGUGUGGUGGCCUUCCAGGGGUGGCGCCCGCCAGGAAGUGGUGGUGGAAGGCUCUGCUGCAUCCGUAGAGCUUCAGAACCUGACCGCCAGCACUGAGUACCUGGUGUCAGUACUGCCCGUCUAUGAGGGCGGGGUCGGCAAGGGUCUUCGUGGCCUGGCAACCACAGCACCCCUUCUUCCGCCCCGCACACUGACUCUGGCUGCAGCUACACCCAGGACCCUCCACCUCACCUGGUCGCCCUCAGCUGGGGCCACCCAGUACCUGGUGCGGUGCUUACCAGCCUCUCCCAAGGUCCAGGAAGAGGGAAGAGAGGUGCGGGUGGGGCGGCCUGAGGUGCUGCUGGACAGCCUGGAGCCAGACAGGGACUACAAGGUCUUGGUGCAAAGCCUGCGAGGGCCAGAGGCCAGCGAGGCCCGGGGCAUCCAUGCCAGAACGUCCGCCCUGGCCCCGCCAGGACCCCUGGGCUUCUCGGAUGUGAGCCACGACUCGGCCCUGGUAACCUGGGGGGAUACUCCACGGCCUGCACACCUGUUCAGAGUCAGCUAUGUCUCAAGCGACGGUGGCCACUCAGGACAGAAAGAGGUCCCUGGGAAUGCCACCUCGGCCACCCUGGGCCCGCUCUCCUCCUCCACCACUUACACCGUGCAAGUCACCUCCCUCUAUUCCGGAGGCGUGUCCUCCACACUGACCGGCCAUGUGAUCACAGGGAAAGCACCCAGCCCGAGCCAGCUGUCUGUGACAGAGCUGCCCGGUGACUCGGUCAGGCUGACGUGGGCAGCCUCGGCCCCGUCUGGUGUGCUUGUCUACCAGAUCAAGUGGACACCCCUGGGAGAGGGGAAGGCCCAUGAGGUCUCUGUCCCAGGCGUUCUCAGCACUGCUGUCCUGUCCGGCCUGGGGCAGCACUCGGAGUAUGAGAUCACCAUCCUGGCCUACUAUAGGGACGGGACCCGAAGCGACCCUGUCACCCUGCACUACACGCCCGCUUCAGUGAGCAGGAGCCCCCCCUCGGGCCUGGCCCUGUCCUCAGAGACCCCCAACAGCCUGCACGUCAGCUGGACACCCCCAGGCGGCCCUGUUCUCCACUACCGGCUCACUUAUGCACCAGCCUCGGGCUCAGGACCUGAGAAAUCGAUCUCUGUGCCAGGCCCCAGGAGCCAUGCCACGCUGCCUGACCUGCUGGCUGCCACCAAGUACAGGGUCCUGGUCUCAGCUGUCUAUGGCACAGGGCUGAGUGAGGCAGUGUCUGCCACAGGCCGAACAGCAGCCUGCCCGGCCCUGCCCCAGAACAGCUCCCUUCCAGGGUUUGACCUGAUGGUGGCCUUUGGCCUGGUGUGGAAGGAGUAUGCCUCCAUUCGAGGUGUGGCCAUGGAGCCCUCCACCUGGGGUCCGACCCCAACCUUCACACUCUUCAAGGAUGCUCAGCUGACACGGCGGGCCAGCGACGUCCACCCAGCUGCGCUGCCGGCAGAACACACCAUCGUCUUCCUUCUGCGCCUGAUCCCGGAGACACCCCGUGAGGCCUUCGCGCUGUGGCAGAUCACAGCCGAGGACUUCCAGCCUGUCCUUGGGGUUCUCCUGGAUGCUGGCAGGAAGUCACUGACUUACUUCCACCACAACCCCAGGGCAGCCCUGCAGGAGGUCACCUUUGACCUGCAGGAGAUGAAGAAGAUUUUCUUCGGGAGCUUCCACAAGGUACACGUGGCAGUGGGCCGCUCCAAGGUCCGGCUCUACGUGGACUGCCGGAAGGUGGCUGAGAGGCCCAUUGGAGAGGCUGGCAGCUCACCUGUCUCUGGCUUUGUCACCCUGGGGCGACUGGCCAAGGCCCAGGGGCCCCGGAGCAGCUCGGCCGCAUUCCAGCUCCAGGUGCUGCAGAUCAUGUGUGGCGACACGUGGGCAGAUGAGGACAGGUGCUGCGAGCUCCCCGCCUCUAGAGACAAAGAGACAUGCUCAGUCUUCUCUUCUGCCUGUCCCUGUUCCUCUGACACCCGCGGGCCUCCAGGGCCCCAAGGCCCUCCGGGCCUCCCAGGGAGCAGCGGUGUCCCAGGACGGCAGGGCCUCCCAGGGCCUAAGGGAGAGCCAGGGCCACCAGGACAGACAGGACCUGAGGGCCCUGGAGGACAGCAGGGGUCACCAGGGACCCAGGGCCGUACAAUCCAAGGGCCUGUGGGUCCACCAGGAGUCAAAGGCGAGAAGGGAGACCACGGACUCCCAGGCUUGCAGGGCCACCCUGGCCAGCGAGGUGCUCCUGGGAGAGUUGGCCUCCAGGGACCAAAGGGAAUGAGAGGACUGGAGGGGCCCGCAGGCCUGCCUGGACCCCCUGGCCCCAGGGGGUUCCAGGGCUUGGCAGGAGCCAGGGGCACCAAUGGGGAGCGAGGGCCACCCGGGGCUGUGGGACCCACGGGGCUGCCAGGACCCAAAGGAGAGCGAGGCGAGAAGGGUGAGCCUCAGUCCCUCGCCACCAUCUUCCAGCUGGUGAGCCAGGCGUGCGAGUCAGCCAUCCAGACGCACAUGCUCAAGCUGGACUCCUUCCUGCACGAGAAAGCCAGGCCCCCAAUGCCCAUCAUGGCAGAGAUGGCAGAGCCAGGCAGGCCUGGGCCCCUAGGGAUCCCCAGGCUGCAAAGCAAGGCCUCACUUCCUGGAGACCAGGGAUCAGGGUACCAUCGCCUGGAGCAUCAAGGCAAGCCUGUAGCCGUCAGCCAGCCAGGAAGCCCUGGGCUGCGGGGAAGUUGGGCCCCAGGAUCCCCGGAGGUGACAGGAUGUCCCCCAUGCUGCCCCAAGUGACCCUGCGCCUUCUGCCCGCACCUCCCCCGGCUCUGUCUGGACUGGGAAGGAGCAUGUCCUGCAGAACCAAGAACAAGUCCCCAGGAGGACAGCGGUGGGGGGGGGGGGACGACACAAGGGGUAAAGCAUACACCGAACUCUGUACUCAGCAGCAUUACCAAGUCAAAUAAACUGAGA